UCCCCUCAUUCAUUAUCAUUCGUCAGUUUCAUCCCAUGUAUUAUAAACCCAGGUAAGAAGUAAAACUUUUCUCUGGCUUAAAGCCUACCAAUUUCCCGAUAUCUAUCUAUGUAGCUUUUGUUGUUGUUUUUUCUCUUCCCAAAGUAUUGUUGUUGAUUUGCAAAUACUCAUGGCUUGUUUUAGUAUUGUGUGCAAUUAUGGGUGUUUUGUUAGUGAAGGAAACUUGGUUAUUGAUAGUGGGAAAACCAAGUCUAUUAGGAGAUAUACUGGCUUUUCUUAUACUUCAGUUUGCUUUCCUUCACUUGGUAUAUAUAGCUAUAACCACUGCAAAACCCAGAACUUGUUCUUUUCUGGUGAUAAUAGCUCUAGGUUUAUUAGUAAUGGAAGAAGCAAUGAGGUUCCUUCAUUGGGUUUUCGAGUUUGUUGCAAGGCACCCAAUGGGUUAUUGAUGAAGGGGAAUAGUGGAGAUAAGGAAACCCAAUUUGGAAAAGGAGGAAGUAGCCGUGUGAGAAAGAUAUUUUCAGUAAGAUUGCGUCCCCGGUUACGGUUAUUAACGAGAAGAAUGAAGAGACUCUCAGUUAGGUCGAUGUUAAAUGAUGUAGCUGUGUUUUUAAGAAAGAAUAUAAGAAGGGUUAGUCUUUACAGCACGAUAACUCUAGUGUUGGGAAUGUGCUAUUUGUUCUUGAAAUUAACUGCAGUGCCAUCUCCUAAGAUUGUUCCGUACUCGGAGUUUAUAACAAGCCUUCAGAGUAGUUCCGUGACAAAGGUUUUGCUUGAAGAGGGUUCUCGUCGUAUAUAUUUCAACAUGGAUUCUAAAAGUGAUGAAAAUACUCAAUCGGAAGAAGAAUCAUCGGCAAGGAACGAUUCAACAGAAAACCUAACUGAUAUGGUUGCAAGAGAGGAUGGUAGACAAUUGCAAAACCAAGGUCUAUUGAAGAGGUUUUCAAAACCUAAAACUUCUACUUCUCCGUGGAUGUAUUUGACAAGAAAAAUUGAUCAUGAUGAAAAGUUUCUUCUUAGUUUGAUGCGAGAAAAGGGAACAACUUAUAGCUCAGCACCACAAUCAGUUCUAAUGGCAAUGAGGAGUACUUUAAUAACUAUUAUAUCCUUGUGGAUUCCUUUAAUGCCUUUGAUGUGGCUUCUGUAUCGUCAACUUUCAGCUGCAAAUAGCCCAGCAAAGAAGCGGCGACCGAAUAAUCAGGUUGUUGGGUUUGAUGAUGUGGAGGGAGUUGAUACUGCUAAGGUGGAGCUUAUGGAGAUCGUUUCAUGUCUUCAGGGCUCUGUAAACUACCAAAAACUGGGAGCAAAAUUACCUAGAGGUGUGUUGCUAGUGGGUCCACCAGGAACAGGGAAGACAUUACUAGCUCGUGCAGUAGCUGGAGAAGCAGGAGUUCCUUUCUUUAGUGUAUCAGCUAGUGAAUUUGUUGAAUUAUUUGUUGGAAGAGGAGCAGCUCGAAUUCGAGAUCUUUUCAACGUGGCUAGGAAAUCUGCCCCAUCGAUUAUAUUUAUUGAUGAACUUGAUGCAGUUGGAGGGAAGCGUGGUAGAAGCUUCAAUGAUGAACGAGACCAAACAUUAAACCAGUUGCUGACUGAAAUGGAUGGAUUUGAGUCAGACAUGAAAGUGGUUGUUAUUGGGGCAACUAAUAGGCCAGAAGCACUGGAUCCAGCCCUUUGUCGCCCUGGUCGCUUCUCAAGGAAAGUAUUGGUGGGAGAACCAAAUGAGGAGGGACGGAGAAAGAUUUUGGCUGUACAUUUGAGAGGAGUUUCUCUAGAAGAAGACCCACAACUUAUUUCUGAGUUGGUUGCUUCACUGACCCCGGGUUUUGUAGGUGCUGAUCUUGCAAACAUUGUCAAUGAAGCUGCUUUACUUGCUGCUCGUAGAGGUGGUGAAACAGUGACAAGGGAAGAUAUAAUGGAAGCUGUUGAGAGAGCUAAAUUUGGGAUUAAUGAUAGACAGCCUAGUAUAAUAGGCAAGGAGCUUGGGAAACUUUUCCCAUGGGUACCCUACUUAAUGGGAAGGAGUGAUCCAAGACAGGAUGGUUUACAAGGGCCUUUGGGCUAUCAAACCUUAAGCUGAUAAGUGCUACUUUCUCAGUGCUUAUACUGUUAUUCUUUGGUUAUAUGAACCUGAAAACAGUUUUUUUUUUGUUAAACCUUUUCGU